AUGUUUGCUCCGCUCAUAUAUCCUUUCAUGAGUCCACCCAUGAUGAAGAAUGAAAUGAUCAUUCCAAUCAACGACCCAAUUGCCAUUGGUUUACGUCCAAGACGGUCGAACGAAAGGGAUCCCAGAAUGGACCAGACCAAACACCAAACGGUAGACACUAUACCAACCUCCUCCAAACUCAACAACUGCAGACUGAAUGAGCAGCGUCAGCAUUCUUCUCUUACCCACUCUGGUUGCGAAAAUAUCCUUCCAGACGAAGAAAUGCGAUCUGUUGAUAGCAGCUUCCUCAGCACAGCUGCUCACAAUAUCUUCAACAAUAUCGCUUGUAGGAAACGUGUCUUCGACAAUAGACAAGAUUUCCCGCGCUUCGUUCUCUCUUCCCUUGAGAACCAGGAACCGAGGAGAUUCGGGAGAGAACCAGACGAAAAUGAAAGAACACACCAGUGGAGCGGCUUGCACGAUAGACGGAAGUCUCCAACACCAGGUUGA